ACCUGGGCAGCAGUUGAGGAAAGCUUUGGCGGGGGGAGGGGGUGGGGAGCAAGCAGGUCCGUUUGAAGGCCCUACAAGCGUCAUCCGACGGGGUUAAUCCGGCCAUCCCGCCCCCCCCCCUCCGGGCGCUCGCAAGGGCGUCUCUCCAAAGGUCUCCCGGGGGGAACUCGGUCGUGGGAGCGCGUCUGUGGCCGGCGUGGCGGUUUCUUUGCUGCCGUCAAGCGGCGGGAGGCGAGGAGACCGUGUUGUCGCACCCAGCCAACCCCACCUCCGGCACCCGCAGCAGUUCCGGGCAUGUCGGGAUUGUAGCAGCAGCUCUUUCCGGAGCGAAGACGACGACCGAGGGCGGCGGGAAGGCGAGCGAGGCGGUCUGUGCGCCAUGGCGGUGUUGUUGGAAACGACGCUGGGCGACCUGGUGGUCGACUUGUACACCGAGGAGAGGCCUAGAGCAUGUCUGAAUUUUCUGAAGCUUUGCAAAAUCAAGUACUACAAUUACUGCCUUAUACAUAAUAUACAGAGAGACUUUAUUAUACAAACCGGAGAUCCCCAGGGAACAGGCCGUGGAGGUGAAUCUAUUUUUUGCAAGCUGUAUGGGGAUCAAGCUAGAUUUUUUGAAGCAGAAAAAGUACCAAGAAUAAAACACAAGAAAAAGGGAACUGUGUCAAUGGUGAACAACGGCAAUGACCAGCAUGGAUCUCAAUUUCUCAUCACAGCAGGGGAAAAUCUGGAUUUCUUAGACGGUGUACAUACAGUAUUUGGUGAAGUAACAGAAGGCAUGGAUGUAUUGGCGAAAAUUAACGAGGCCUUUGUUGACAAGGAUUUUAUUCCAUAUCAAGACAUCAGAAUAAACCAUACUGUGAUCUUAGAUGAUCCCUAUGAUGACCCACCUGGGUUGGCAAUUCCAGAUCGUUCACCAGAGCCCACAAAGAAACAGUUGGAUAGUGGAAGAAUAGGAGCUGAUGAGGAAAUUGAUGACUUCAAAGGGAAGUCCGUUGAUGAAGUGGAAGAAAUUCUGGCAGAAAAAGAGGCGAAAACUCAGGCAAUUCUUCUGGAAAUGGUUGGAGACUUGCCUGAUGCAGAUAUUAAACCACCUGAAAAUGUGCUUUUUGUCUGUAAACUUAAUCCUGUAACAACUGAUGAGGAUCUUGAAAUUAUAUUUUCCCGAUUUGGGCCAAUAAAAAGUUGUGAAGUAAUUCGAGAUUGGAAGACAGGUGAAUCCCUCUGUUAUGCUUUCAUUGAGUUUGAGAAGGAGGAAGACUGCGAGAAAGCUUACUUUAAAAUGGAUAAUGUCCUAAUUGAUGACAGGCGGAUACAUGUGGAUUUUAGCCAGUCUGUUGCAAAGAUUAAAUGGAAAGGAAAAGGUGGGAAGUACACAAAGGAUGAUUUCAAAGAAUAUGAGAAGAAUCAGGACAGAACCUCUAAACUGAGUCUGAAGGAGAAGGCAAAGCCUAAACAAGACUCAAAAUAUGACCUUGUAUUGGAGGAUGAAGAGGACAAAACCAGAACAAUUCACAAGCACUCUGAGAAGAAGAAGAAGAAACAUCACCAUUCGGAUGACGAUGAAGAUGAGAAGAAGAUAAAAAAACAUAAGGACCCUGACCGAAGGCACAAAGAAACUGGCGGCAGAGAGAGACGAAAAAGUGACAGGCGAGAGAGAUGUCGGAGCCGUAGUCGCAGUCAUUCUCAGGACAGAGACAUCCGCUACAAAAAGGCCAAGGACAGACACCAUGAGGAGUCCUGGGACAAGGGGCAGGAGGAGAAGAGGAAGGAUAGAAGUCCAAAGAAGUCCAAAGAUAAGAAGUCCAAAUACAGAUGAAAGUGAAUAAAGAAAUUCUUCCCCAGUUCUCUGCCAGGGAAAAUUCCAGAUGCACGAGACUCAAAAGAUUCCUCCUUCUGAUGAUUUCUUGUAAUACGAAAGCUACUACAGUUUUGAUAGAUUUCUGCAGUUGAGAAACAUUUCGUUUUUCAUUUGCAAAGUUUGUUGGGGCACAAGAAGGAUUCUAGCCUCUGCAGAAGCGUGACAAGGAAUUUGGGUUAGUAUAACUGCUGCCCACUGUGCCCACCAAAAUUGAAUCUCACUUAAUGUUGGUCUUCCACUUAGAAAGUACGGAGUUGUCCUGUCCAAAGGGAAGAGUGUGAUGCAUUUCCUGUUCUGUUAUUGUUUCUCUGUAGGGAACUGCGCAGAACUCAAGAGCGUUCCAUUACACAAAAUGAAAACAGACUGAUUUAUUUGACCACAAGAACUUGCUACUAGCUGCAGCUUAUCAUUCUGUGUAUGUGUAUUAGAUAGUGUUAUGUACAUUCAUCACAGGACAUCACACACAGAUGGUGCAUUUGAUUACCAAAGUGAUAUCUGGAGUAGAGGAUGUACAACGUUUCCAUACUGCUCUGCUUUCUAGUUAAGGAUAGUCCAUUUUAAUACACCAUUUGUAAGUCAGAA